GUGGAGAAUAGUUCGUCUUUAAAAUCUUUGCGAACAUUGGUAAUACAGUAAUUUUCGGCUCCCUGCUCAAUCUUCACAAACUAAACAGCCAGCUUCGCAAAUAUAUUGACCCAAGCCAUGUCUUCCAACGUAUCAAUCGCGCUCAUUCUUGGAGCAGGACCUAACAUUGGAGCCAGUGUCGCAGAGGAAUUUGCUUCUAAAGGCUACAAAGUCGUUCUCACGUCAAGAAAAAUCGCUGAGAAUGCUAACCCGUCUUUUUCUCACAUCAAAGGCGACCUUUCUCAACCCAACUCAGUCGUCGAUGUUUUUACCCAAGUUCGGAAGCUUUACGGAGAGCCAGGCGUAGUUGUUUACAAUGCUGGUGCGGUCUCUUUCGCGCCCAAGGAGAAUACUUUCGAUCUCGACCUUGGCACAUUCGAGUCGGACCUUAACAUAAAUACCACGAGUGUAUUUGUUGCGAUUAAAGAAGCCCUAGCAUCUUUUUCAACCUUACCCACUAGCGCUUCUCGAACUUUUAUCUACACUGGGAACGCGAUGAACUUUGCAUCCUUCGAUGGACUCCUAACUUUGGGUGUCGGCAAGAGUGCAACUGCGCACAUGAUUGCAUCCGCAGCUGCAGCAUUUGCAGACAAGGGUUACAAGUUCUACUAUGCGGACGAACGGCGAACAUCUGGCAAGCUCUGUGGUAAGGAUAUUAGUGGCGCGGCUCAUGCCGAGCUAUAUGGGCAGCUCUCUGAAGAUAGGAAACAGCGGCCUUGGUUGCAGACAUUUGUUAGAGGACAAGGUUAUGUUGAUUUCCCUGCUGAUACCGUUGUUACUUUCUAAAUCGCCAAACUAAGGUGAAGUAAGCAAUUACGGCGUGUUCCGCCGACUUGGGAGGAUAAGGCGUCUCUAAUGUAGCAGAGAGAUAGAACUGUUACGCUUGUGUAGUUGGUCAGAAACGGGAACGUGAGUUCAAACCGAAUGAAGUAGAUGUUCAGAUCAAAGGCAACGUGUUAGCUAACCC